ACGGUUGCAGGGUUCCGCCGGUCAGCACGUACGCCAUUUUGUUGGGAACACGCAAGAAAAAUUCGCCGGGUUUAACCAAACUUGUGUGUUUGUCUCAAUAACCAUGGCUGUCAAUAUGCUGAGGAUCACGAGCAGGCGAGCGAUUUCCACUUCAUGUCAGCGAUCUUCGGGUAUAACAGUUUACGCUGACCGACUUGACUAUCCAGCACCACCAUGCCGGUUUGUCACAGAGGCUGACCUGACCUCUGAUAUGCAAGCUCUGAAAACUAAGGAAGGGGGUGACUGGAAGGAACUCUCGUUAGACGAAAAAGUAGCUUUGUACAGAUUGAGCUUCGACAAGAGUUAUUCAGAGAUGAGGGCACCUACCGGGGAGUGGAAGUAUAUCGUUGGGGGAGUCUUUGCCGCUUGUGCCGUUGCAAUCUUCUUCUAUGGUCUCCAAAAGAAAUUUAUAGCCCCACCACUCCCCGAAACCAUGUCCAAGGAAUGGCAAGAGGCGGCAGUGAAGUACAACAUCGCUAUCCGCAAUAACCCAGUCACCGGCAUCGCAUCCCAGUACGACUACGAAAAGAACGAAUGGAAGAAGUGAUGAAGGGACAUCCUGCUACUCUAUCCGUCAGGUCAUAGUUAAGUUUCAGUUUUAGGUCCUAUUAAGUGUGAAGCAUGAAGUAUUAUUAUUACUCGGUUGUUAUUAUUAUUACAAAUUGGGGAAAAAGAAAAAGAAUUGAAUACAGAAAGUGGAAUUGGAAAUGGAGUUGUGGGCUGCUGUGUAGAACCUCUUGGUAUUGAUGUAAUUGAUGUAAAGCCUGUUUAUAUUUAUGCGUGACUUUGUUGCAAAUGUUGGUUCAUCUGUUUCUCCGCCGAGUCAUGACAAAGUUCCUGCAAACAUGUACAAAGGCGAAUGGCUGUGUUAUUGGGAGAAGGUUCAUCGAGGCCCAAAUUCAGGGCUCUGCUUACUGCCGAGUUUUGUGCCGACGAUCGCCUUUCUCUGUAAAAUUUCUUUGCUAGCUGUGUAGCAAACAAUGCCUAGUAUGUCGAGUAUGCACAGACACAAGCAUACAUUUCUUGCCAACCUGUGAAAUAUGCUUGGCGUUUGCGCCGAAGUUUCUGAAAGCGCUUAUUCUUUUCUUGCGGAAGCAGAGCCAUCAAAUUGGGCCCAGGCUAGUGCGUUGUUAACAAAUUGACGCAUAAUUAUACACAGGCCAUUAGAAUGUAUAUACACAUGAACUACAACGGAGGACAACAAUCACAACUUCUGGUUUUAAAACUUUUGUUGAUAUAUUCUAAUUAAUUGGAUACUUAAAAGUUCUUCUUGAUCACAAAACUAAACCGAUAAAUAUGUCAUUCUUUGUUUUUAAAAAGUAGAGGAAUAACACUAGUAUAGGCAAAUCAAGUUGUGAUUUUUAAGUUUGCACUAUAUUUUGAAUGUGUUAAUUUUGUUUUCAAUAAAUGAAUACUGAGUAGUCAAUGCAACAAUAACAUACAGUUAUAGGCACAGUGCGAUAAUUUUGGAUUCCACUCUCUAUGCAGAUCGUAGAUUCAAAUUAUUGUUGUACCAAUAGUCCUUUGAAUUAAUACUGAAGUGGUUCUACAAAUCAAAUGAAGGUAUUUAUGUAUGUAUGCAGUGUUCAUUAAAAGAUUGAAAGUUUAUUCUGGA